CUCCGACCAGACAGCCAAAGAAGAAAAAAAGCCUUAUUCAAAGGAAAAUUAAAGAAAAAUGCCAGAAACAAUUUGAAGAUAAGAAAGGAAGAUUGUUGUUUCAAAAUUCAGAAGAGGGUUGGAAAUUAUAUUUUUAUGUUAUCUUAUUUCGCACUCCUUGCAAGUUGGUGGCGAUAAUGCACUGUGGUGCGGUUUGCCAACCGCGAGGCCAUUAAAACCUGGUAGUAGAAGAAGAAGAAGGAAACAAACAAGAAGGUGUCGCACAGCUGACGACUGCAGGGAGAUGUACUGCAACAAGUUUGGCACAAGUCUCAUGUUCGGGUUGAAGGGCCUUGAAGCGACCUCCGCCCGCGGUGCCUUCCAGAGAGCGGCGGCUAGGAGCGGAUUCAGCUGGGCUGCGGUGUGUAAGCAGCGGACACUGCGGCAGCGGAGGAGCGCCUGUGCAGGGAUGCACCAGACCGGCGUUAGGUCAGCCGUCCACACCACUGUGGACCCCGGUGAGGUGAAGAGGUUCCAGCUGCUGGCCAACAAGUGGUGGGAUGAAGAGGGAGAGUUUGCUGCCCUUCAUGCCAUGAAUGACCUCAGGGUGCCUUUUGUACGGGAUAAUCUGUUGAAUGCGCAGAGAGAGCGUCACCCCGGACAACCGCUGGCAGGACUGAGAAUCCUGGAUGUGGGUUGUGGCGGAGGCCUGCUCUCAGAGCCACUGGGGCGCCUGGGAGCCACCGUAUUGGGUAUAGAUCCAGUAGAAGGCAGCGUCCGCAUCGCCCAGCUGCACGCGGCUCACGACCCGGACGUCCGCGACCGGGUGUCCUACCGGGCCUGCACCCUGGAGGAGCUCGCCGGCGGAGGGGAGGCGCAGCAGCAGCCGCAGCCGGAGCAGGGGGUCACCCAGUUCGACGCCGUCGUGGCGUCUGAAGUGGUGGAGCAUCUGGCCGACUUGGACACUUUCGCCAUCUGCUGCAGUCGCGUUCUGAAGCCCGGAGGCUCGCUCUUCAUCACCACUCUAAAUAAAACCAACCUGUCGUAUGCGCUGGCCAUCGUCGUUGCCGAGCAGCUGCUGCACAUCGUUCCCAGAGGGACACACGACUGGGAGAAGUUCGUCAGCCCGGUGGAGCUGGAGCGCCUCCUGGAGUCCAAUGGUUUCUUGGUGCAGUCUGUCCAAGGAAUGCUGUACAACCCGAUCUCUGGAGCCUGGAGCUGGACAAGCAACACUGAAAUCAACUAUGCCCUCCAUGCUGUCAAGCAGGAUGAUGAAUCUGAGGAUGGCAGCACUCCCCUGGGGGGGCCACGAUGAAGCCGCACACAGCUGAACCACUUUGUUUAAAAAAAAGAAAGAAAAGAAAACAGGGAUUGAGGUGUGUAGCUGGACUCUAGGUGUCCCUAGGAUCAGCUGUGAAACACCAAUUAGAGACUGAGAUUAUUCAAGGAUUAAAGACAGACUUGGUAUAGAAUGACCUGUGUGCACUAGUCAUUAAGACAUGAGAUUUAGUCAAAAUGUUAAUGUGGUCGAUGUAUGGAAAGAAGCUUGCCUUGGAGUAAUUCUAAGACUUCUGUGUCAGAGCAUAUCGUUAUUUUCAUCAUAUGCCAUUCUGCACCAGUGAAUGUUUCUCAAAAUGCAUCUUCCUCUAUUAAAAUGUACCUUUUCACUGUUAUA